CUGACUUUUUCCGAUAAAUGACGGAGACAAGACUAGAGAGAUACGAACGAGUGAUUGUAAAAUAAAACGCACUUGAAUCUAUUGUGAUUGACUCCAGAAACAGCAGCUUUCAUAGACCACAGUUGGAUGUGAUUUACACUAAAAUAGUAAAAUGUUAGAUUAUGGAAAGAAAUUCCCCCAGUUCUUGCUCUAAAGAAGGAAGUAAAACCUCUACAUUAUUAACAUUGAUGAGGAAGAAUCCUAGUGGUCAAACAAGUGUUCUUCAUCACAAACUUCAAAAGGCUGACGAGAUAAAAAUCCAGACAGUAACAGAAACUUCAGCAUCAUUAAAGGGGUUGAAGAACAGUUCCAGUUGUCCAACUGAUUUUCCAACACUGAAAGAACAAAAGGCAGAAAAGGCAAAAAUCCAGACAGAUCAGUCAGAUGUUUUGACAUGUGCCAGCUUAACGACUAAAAAGAAAUCUUCAGCAGAUCAUAGUAUUCUUCAAGCUCAGCUUAUAUCAAAACCUUGGCGUAGUAGUUUAAGUUCUAAUGGCUUCUAUCCUACAAUGGAUCAACAAGGAGUUUCAUCACCAAUAAGUAGUUCUUGCGUUGCUAGUGUUACCAAUACUAAUUACUAUACUAAUGAUCAAAUUAUAAGCCUCCAGAGUGGUUCAAGAAAACAUUCCUUCCAACAACUUGACAAUUUCAAUACUACAACUCCAGAAAAAAUUCGCAAGAUGUCUGAGGAAAAUAUGGAAAAGUACUCUGGGGUAGAUAUGAAGUCUCCACCUGAUGGAUUGAAAGCAAAAAGAUAUAACAAAACAGCAGAGGCACUUAAAAUGUCAGGUUUAAUGGACAUUACAAUGAAAACUGCUGACCUGCUGAAAAAGAAUAAACAAUUACAAUCUGAAAUGGACAGUCUUAAAAAGGAUUCAAGCAAUUUUUUACAAAGUGUUUUAGAAAAUCCAGAAAAUCAUCACAUCAGGGAUACUUACUUUCCACAGUUAACAACAAAAUCCUAAUAAAUACUUUACCUUUUAUAUUUGGUACCUAAUUCGUGUUUUGUAAUUCAUGACUGCUCUAUAUAUUUAUGUAUUAAAUUGGAGAGAAUUUUGUGAGGAAGACAUAUAUGUUUUCAGCCUUUACUAAAUUUUGUGAGGAAGACAUAUAUGUUUUCAGCCUUUACUAAAUUUUGUGAGGAAGACAUAUAUGUUUUCAGCCUUUACUAAAUUUUGUGAGGAAGACAUAUAUGUUUUCAGCCUUUACUAAAUUUUGUGAGGAAGACAUAUAUGUUUUCAGCCUUUACUAAAAGAGAAAUGUAAUGAUGUUACAAAUUUUAUUUGAGUGUUACAAAAAAGGAGAAAUAAAGGGAGCGUCAAUGAAUAUGAAUUUGAAAAGUGAUUAAACUAUAAAUGAAUUGUUUAAGCUUGAACUGUGCAUAUUUUGCUUUUGUAUCAGAAACAUGUGACAUAAUUAUAGUCUUAGUACAACAAUAUAAAGGAAUAUAAAAACUGGCUCUCACACACAAACAAAUCUUUUCACUUUAUCAUACAUCUAUUCAACAUGAAGAUGACAAAGGACUUAUUCUAAUAUUAUAGAAUAUAUUAAAAUAUCAGAAAAUGAUCUGAAAUAUUUUUGAUAGUUUCUAGAACCAUUUUGACAAACCUCUAUCACAGUUUCGCAAAGUUGUAAUUAAAUAUAUUAAAAACAAUAUUUACCUCUUUUCUUUUAUUAAUCUUAAACAAUCUUAUUGAUGGAAUAUUUGUUUUCAAUUUCACAAGUAUAUUUAUCAAGUUAGAGAAACAGUAUAAAGAAGUAUAAUUGUUAUUGCUUAAACUUUUUCUUAUCAUUUUAUUUAGAUAUGAAAUAUUGUUUCAGUAGAUUGUCUGUUCAUUUAUACUAGACUAUCUUCCUCUCAAGUAACAUUUGAUAUUUCUCCUGUCCACUUUGGGAAUAGGCUUUGAUUAUGUAUUUGAUUUUGUGUCUUGCUCGAAGAAGAAGAAGUCGAAAAAGCAAGACUAAGACCUGGUGUUUCUGGUGGCUGCAGCAUCGACAAUGUAUUAGUUGUGAUUUAAGGUGAAACACAAAUGGUAGGCCAAUGAUAUUUGGUAUUCAUAUUCAGUUGUAUAAGAAUUGACACAUCUCAUUUCCAUAGGGAUUAUUCAGCACAGCCCUCAGUCACGGUUUAUUGACUUUGAAAGUUUUGCUUAAGUUACAUGUUAAAGUUUUUGAUUAGGUAAAUUUAAGAUGACAGAGACACCUAUUGUGUAAAAGACAAUAAUAUUUGGUAUGCAGUUGUAUUAGUUUUCACACAUCUCGUUUCCAUGGAGAUUAUAUGGCCUUGUUCCAUCAUCAUGGUAACUUUUGCAUCGUUUACAUAUUACAUUUUGUAUUUAGGUCUGUUUUAAGGGAACCACUAAUAAUAAGUCAAUGGUAUUUAGUAUGCAGUUGUAGUAGCAUUGGCAUAUCUCAUUUCCAAGAAGGAUAUUUGGCCCUGUCAUUUAGUCUGGUUCAUUGACCAUGUUGACUAUGAAUGUUUUGCAUGGUUUACAAGUAUUGCCAUUUUAAGUUCGACAUUAGCAUUUUCUUAUCAAAAUUACAUAAAGGCGAGACACAUCUCUGUGUCAGCAGUGUAUUAUAACUACUUGCUUCUUUUCAUCAGAUUUAUUGUAGGUAAUAUAAAUAGUUUCUUACAUAAAAUGGCUUGAAAACAUAUCUUUACAUAUAGGGGAGUUUAUUUGUUGGUUUUAUGUGCUUUUUCUUAACCUUGUUUUGUUGUAUUUGUAAAAAUCUGGACAAGAUACAGAAUUAUUGUGAAAUUUUGAUUCUUAUCACAUAUUCUGGUGCUAUUUUGAUGGAGGUAUACCUGUCAUGGUACUUCUUGUGCUAUUGUGGUGAGGGUAUACUUAUGUAUCAUUGUACUAAAUACAUUUUAUGCUACCAUUUAUAAUUAUCACAAUGAUUAUAUGUAAUUGUAAAAUUAUAUGACAUUACUUACUUAUAUCCUGCAAUAAACCAUUUUACUAUACAAUUGCAAAUGUAUAUUGAUAAACCAAAACAAUAUACACAUAGUAUACAUAUGUUGCUUCCUGCUAUUCUGCUUCUUUCAGAGUGAAUAGUUACCAUUCAAAUUACGGUUUGCGUUCCAGUUUCUUUUUAUGUCCUUUAAUCAAUGUAAAUGUCUACAAGGACUGAGAAUUUUUAAAAAGGGAACAUUUAAGCAUCAAAGUUAGAUUGCAGAAUAUCAACAAUAUUCAUACAUUGUCAAAACAAAAAUGAUUUUUACUAGCUAUGAAACAGUAGAAAAGCUCAGCGGGCCUGUGUGUUUUCCAUUUCUGAGGCUCUUUGAAAACAAAAUAUUAUUUUAAACAAUGUACAUAUAUUAUAUAUAUAAUAAUUUAUUAGCUAAGCACUGUAAACUCAGAAAUUAUUGCGUGCGACUUUUGGAGAAUGGACAAAAAUGCGAGAUUAAUUAUAUUGGGAUUUCAGGAAAAUCUGCAUAUAGAUAUAUGUAUCAGAUAUCAGAAUGCAAGUUCUUAUAGUUAUGAUACUCACCAAGUUGCAUUAUUGGCCAUAAUAAAAACCUCUCAGUAGUUUCUGAAUUUAUAGUAUAGUACAUGCUAAAGAAUUUGAUAGAGUGAAACUUGUGGAAACAAAACCCUGAAUAAACAGGAAAUCUACAUUAUGUUAACCAACUGUGUGAUCCAAAUAAGAAUUCAGAUGAACUAAAAUUUGUAAGGAAGGGUUACAGAGGUUACAACAAAAAAGGAAAAUGCAGUUCUUACAUGAAUUUCACAAAUUUGUAUGCAAUUUCUUUAUCUGUAAAUCUUGAGGUGUUCUCACUAGAUCUGCCACUGAAUUUCAUUUGCAAAGAGGUCAACUUUGACUACCUGUAAUUUUACAAGGUGUUACAUUAAUUUUCAUUUAUAGAAGUUUCUCUGUCACAAAUUUUUAUUGCAAAUAAAAAAUAUGAGAGAAAUAAUUGAAGAAAUAUCUUGAAUACAUCCUUCAUAAAUUGUAAAGAAUGUAAGAUAUGCACUUUAUUCUGUGUACUUUAUGUUAUGCAUAAGAAUCAGAAUUGGAGGUAACUGACCCUUAGAGUUGUAUGAGCUAUUGGCAUCAGUUUUCCUCAGUCAUCCUUUGUUAACUAGGUUUUAUGACUCUGCCGCAGCAGAGGGGGGAUUAAGUGUUACCCUUGCAAAGUAUGUGAAAUUUGGGUUUAUUCAGAAUUGGAGGAAAUUUUGUAUGCACAUAGAAUUUUAUUGUGUCAAUCUUUAAGGCUAAUUCAGAAUAACAAUUAAAAUAUGUUAUGAUUAGUUUAGAGCAUUUUCUAUGGUAUUUUGGACAUUUAUUGACUUUUGAUGGUAGUUUCUGGUGAAUUUCUAACUAAUCUAGGUACUCUUAUGCUCCAAUGAAGGCACAAGGGGGAACACAAAGCGAAAGUUGUUUUGGGAAAAAUGCUUUGAAAGUCCAGGUAAAGUAUUAUCGUUUUCAUAGCAGAGUGGACGAGACUAUUUCGUGGAGCGCUCAAGUCUCCCAUUUACUGGGUUAGAUUAGGUGAACGUUCGUCUGUAACACCUACUUAUCACUUCGUAUUUAUUAUAGACAUUUAAACUGUGGGGUCACCAAAGGUUCUCAACGUCUAAAUCAAAUAAUUCGAAAAACUAGUACAGGCAUAGCCUUUGUGUUUUGAUUAAUAUUGAAUACUUAAACAGUCUUUACUUGUGUUUUUGUUAUGUUUUGAUAAACAAUUUUUAUGAUAUUGCACGUUCAUUAAACAUAAAAAUUAAUUUAACUAGCUUUACAAGUUACAAUGUAUGUGUUGGCUAUUAUCUUUCGGACGUCAAAGCGAUUAACCAAUUGCUAUUGUCUAAAUUCUAUACAACCGCAAAAAAUUUUGCGCUUGUAUAUUGGUAUCACAUCGGCAUCUUCGUCGUCCGAAAACGUUUGGCUUCCGGACAAUAACUUUAGUAUAAGUAAAUAGAAAUCUAUGAAAUUUAAACACAAGGUUUAAAACCACAAAAGGAAGGUUGGGAUUGAUUUUGGGGGUUAUGGUCCCAACAGUUUAGGAAUAAGGGGCCAAAAAGGGGCCCAAAUAAGCAUUUUUCUAGUUUCCAGACAAUAACUUGUGGAACAGUGUAUAGAUCUCUCUGAAAUUAUACCACAAGUUUCCAUACAACAAAGGGAUGGUUAGGAUUGGCUUUGGGGGGUAUUACAAUUUUUCAUGCUAUUAGUAUUACAAUUUUUUUCAUAUGCUGAAUCUAACUGUGUAUUUGGUUGUUGGGCCCAUUUUCUAAUUGGUCCAAAUUUUGGUCCUAAUGGUAUAAAAUUUGUUUUGUUUGAUUUAAUAAACAUUAAAUAAAAUUUAAAAGAUAAUAAUUACAAUGUUAUAUUUGAAUUACCUCCCUUACAUUGCUUUUACUUUAUGUAAAGUUGUCAGCUAGUUCUAGUAUGAAUUAUUUUUUAUCUGUUUCUAGAAACAUCAAAUACUGUGAUGGAAGUAUAUAUAAUAUAAUAAUAGUGUAUAUCAAAGGGUUCAGUGGUAAUAACUUUUCAUAUUCAGAAUUGUUUAUUUGUGAUCAAUAUCAUUUGUUUGGGUUUUUUUAGCAUUAAGAGUUACUUCCAUUACAAUGGUUUUGUUAUAAAGAAAUGUUGUAUUGUCUUGAGGUGAUUAGCUGUCAAUUUAUUUUUAGAAGUUACUAUUAAAUGCUGAUGAAGGUAUAUUAA